AUGUAAAAAUAAUAAUAAUUAGAAUCAUUUUUACCUGAUACAUAAUCUUAAGAUGUCCGUAAUUUACUCAAAAAACCUCCACAUAAAUGCGGUCUAGUUACUAUUUUUAGAGAUGACAAAGAUAAAGGAAAAAAUUCUGAUUUACAUUUAUAUGUAUCAUAUAAAAUGGAUAAAGAUAUUGAUUAUUUAGCCUACGCAAUAUAGUGUUAACAUUUUGCAGGUAUAGGAGUUACUCAUGGUUCAAUUAACUUCAAUUUAGAAAAAAUGCCAUUAUUUAAAUAAAAUGCUUUAAUUGAAUUUGAAGAUUUUUUGGAAGUAAUUAUUCAUGAAAUGACUCAUGUAUUAGGUUUUAGCGAAAACGAUAUAGAAAGAUGGGUACUACCUAAGGGAACUACUCAUGCUUUUGUUAAAACAAAAAUAAAGGGAGUUGAUACGGUAUUGCUCAAAACUCCUAACGUUUUGAGGUUUGCUCGAGAUUAUUUUAAUUGUCCUAUCUUAGAAGGUAUGCCUCUUUAACAUUUAGGAAGCAAAGAUUCUCAAAUUUCUCAUUGGCCAAAUACAAUCAUCUAAAACGAAUACAUGAGUACAUCUACAUCAUUUAUUUAGGCCUAUUUUAGUGGUUUUACAACCAAUCUUCUAAGAGACACAGGUUACUAUGCGGAAAUUAACGCCUCUAUGGAAGAAUAAAUGUUUUAUGGAAAAGGAAAAGGCUGUGAAUACGUCAUGCGUAAAUGUGAUAUUGCUUUUAGAGAAUAUUGUAAUCCUAAAACUGACGUUGGUUUAUGUGAUUUUUACCACCACGGAUUUUCUAGUUGUAAACCUGGUUUAUAUAAUGAUCCUGAUUGUAAUAAUUUAUAUCCCUACUAAAAUGGAAAAUGUUGGGAUGUUAACAGUGAAUUUAACACAGAUGUUUAUAAAAGAUCAAAUGGAACUAAAUUUGGUACUGAUUCGAGAUGUUUUAACGGAAACUUAUUGGGAUUUUUUGGAGCAGAUUGCUCUAGUGAUAAACCUGUUUGA